AUGUAUGAAGGUUUUGUGUUGUUCCACCUGCACCCCCGCUACCCUUCCUGUCCCCCCGCCAUCUCCGUCUCUUCCACUGGUCUUUCUAGGACUCAGUGUCACAACAUCAGACAGAAGCUGCUGGAUCAGGCUGCAGCUUUACCUCCAGAACCAAUGGUGCAUCAGCUCGUGGAGGGGCUGCAGCAGUGUGUGCAGGUGACAGAGAAGGGCAGAGGUGCUGAGGAGGAGGUGAAAGAGAGAGAAGAAGAGGAGCAGUGGACGGCAGUGCUGCAGUUGGACCACAUCCGAUCUCGAAAUCGUUACAUCAGUCUGCUGCGGCGCUGGAGCCAGCAGCUUCAGCUCAAUGGGACGAUAUUACUGGGACGGAGUAUACUGGUUAUUCUGCAGGGAGCCAGACCCAACAUCAAGGAGUUUUGUCGCCUUUUAAAGACGGUGAAGGUGGAUGUGGAUUCUUCAGGCAAGAAAUGCAAAGAGAGGAUGAUGAAGGUUCUCAUUGAAAGCCCUUCGUCUCCCUCUUGUGGACAUGGGCUCCAGGGUUUUGUUGAGAAGAGCUACGAGUCGUUAGCAGAGCUGAGCGCAGCCUUCCAGGAAAUCAACAUGACGGAGCUUUACCAGCAGAUACUGCCAUCAUUAAGUGACUGACGGCACACAGGUUACCACGGUGACCACGCUGAAGAUUCAGACCAUGCAGGCAGCAGCUACGGCCUGACUGGAGAAACAGGCGCACAAGAGUAAAGCCUCGUCCCAAUGCUCAACUCCAACACAACACAACACUAAAACUGACUGAUGGUCGUAACGCAGGGAAACAAACAAGGGUUCAUUAUUGCUGACGUGAUAUUUUGACGCUUCAUUAAAUGUCAAGUGUCUGCA